AUGCCGCGCCCAAAUAUAAUAGUGUGGGACAGACAUUGCAACACGCUGCCCUGGGCGUUGCUGCUGGCACUGCUGCUCGCCGCGCUCAUGCUCCAGUUGGCAACUGCCGAUGGCGUUCAGGCGGAUGAGGCGGCCACAGAGGUUGAGAAUGUAAGCACUGAGAGCAAUGAGAUUAUACCACGAGAGGCCAUACAGAAGCUGGACUACUCGGUGCGACAGGCGCUGCUGCGUGCCAUAGACAAGCUGGAGCGAGAGGAGGCCUCUUCGCAAGACGAGGUGGAAGCGGAUGCGGAGGCGUCAAUCAGUGCGCUGCCGCUAAAGCGCAAAGAGAUAACCACAUUGGCCCCGACACGGGAGCGUGAGGAGAUUCUGGAGGAGAGCACCAGCUCCUCGGAUGCUGUGGUGCCCACCGUGCAGUUCUAUACGGCCACCUUUGACGAACGCAAUGCCCAGGAGCAGUUGCUCUCCUCCUUCAUCGAUCGCUCUAAGCUGUGGAAGAAGACAACAGUCCGCAAGCCGGUCACCAUCGAUGCCAAGCUGGAUGCGGAUGCGGGUCCCGAUUCGCGUCAGCUGACACGCAGCGUGGACAGUUCGCUAGGCAGCAAUGAGAUUGCACACGAUGGUAGCAAUGAGAUCAAGUUUGAGAUACGCAACGUGAAAAAGGCAACGACGGCAACAACAUCAACAUCAACAACAACCACAACAACAACGACGACAACAACGCCAAGGCCACGCACCACCAGGCGUCGCACGACCAGCACCACAACAACCACAACAACAACAACGCCACGCCCCACACACAACGAGGAUGGCGAGAACAUUGAGCUGGUGGACAAGGAGGAUAUACGCAUACAGGCGGCGCCGCUCGUAACCGCCUUUACAGUGGAUCUAGAUGAGCGGGGCACGGCGCAAAAGUUUCGCCCGCUGCUGCAGGGCGAGCAAAGCUUUCCUCAGCCCCAGCAGCUGCAGCAACAGCAGCCACAGUUGCCUUUGCCACUGCCACACGUUGGACCCACCAUCACCAAGCUGAACGUUCUGGAAUCGGAGCUACCUGCAGCGCCGCUCACCACACAGAGUCCCACGAGCACCACCAGCACGAGCACCGCACAGACGAGUCUCAACCAUGCGGGCUUCUCCACAACGCCCGCCUUUCUCAGCGGCAGCAGCUCGAACAACAACUACAUCAAGGAGCCGCUGGCUAGCCCCAGUGUGACAGCACCCGUGCCGCCCAGCGUCAAUAGCUACAUCAUUGAGCGACAGCGCGCCCUGGAGCAGCAAAUCUAUCAGCUGAAGCUGCAGGCCCAGCAGCAGCAGGCGCUGAUCUUGCGCCAGUUGAAGCUUCUGGAGGAGCAGAGUCAAAGUCGCUACCAAGUUGCCCCGCUUGCGCAAUCGAGCACAUUGCAGCCGCUGCAGCAGCAGCAGCAACAGCAACAACAGCAACAACAGCAACAGCUUCAGUUGCAGCAGCAGCAUGCAUCACUGGAGGCAAUACAAACGCUGCAGCCGCCUCUGCCUGGUUACUCCAUCAGACCUUCGGUGGAAUUUAUACCCAGCACACAUACGAAGACCAUUAUCUAUCCCACAUAUCCAAUUGAGCAGCAAUUGCCGCUGCGCGAUGCCGUUGCGGCUCAUAAAUUUGCCCUGCACGGCAGCAACGGCAACAACAACAAUAACUAUCAGAAAUCGCCAACGGCAACGAAUGCAGUGCAACAAAUUUUCCAAAAUUUGCAACAAAAUCUGCAAAAAACAGCGGAACAUGCUGUCAGCAAUAACCAAAAUCCCAAUAGCAUUACCAGCAGCAACAUAAACAACAACAACAACAACAACAACAAUCAUUUACAGCUACAAGCCUCAAAUCAGUUCAGCUUUGCGCCUGCGGAGGCAUCGCUGUUGCAAGCACCACCCCAAAAUAAUUACCAGCAAUUUCAGCAGCAGCAACAGCCGCAGCAGCAACCGUUGCUGCUGCCCAGCUAUGUAAGCAAUGCGCUUUAUCAGCAACAGCAGCAGCAACAGCAACAGCAGCAACAGCAACAGCAGCAGCAGCAACAGCAGCAGCAGAAUCGAGCGCGUUUUUUUCGACAGGAAUCGGGUACCGGAAACUUUGGGCUGAAUAAUGAAAAUGUGGAAAUCCAGCCGAGCAACUCCUUUGCCACCACCGUUGUAAGCCAGCAAAACAAUCUGGAAAAUCAAAAUUUCUAUCGCCAACACUUGACGCCGCAGCUUAGCAGCCAAUUGCAGCAAAAUGCGCAGCAGUAUCUGCAACAGCAGCAGCAACUGUUACAGCAGCAAAAUCUGGAAGAAUUGAAAGUAAUUAGUAAAGUUUUAGCUCUCAACCAUGGCAUACCGCAAUUUGCAUCACAAAACCUGCACUUCAAUGGCGCCUUUUGA